AAAACCCUUCUUCACAACCCAUUCUUCUUCACAACCCAUUCUGCCGUUUCCCUUCUAAGCACUGCCAUUAGACUAAAGGGCAGCCAACGCUUACAACCGCCGCUGAGCCGCACUGCCCAGCCGCCGCACGCCGGUUACUGGUAACGCAACGCCUCUAAGCGCUUCCUGGAGCAUCUCUCAGCGACGCCAUUUGCAGCGCGCAGCGAAUCACUUGGCGACGCCAGACGACGCUCCUUGCGGCGUCGAUCGACACCAAUUGCAGCCGACGACGGGCUCAACGCGACGCCGGCAGGAAACCUGACCAGGCAGAAAAACAGAGAACUCCGGCAGGAACCAAAAUCCGCAAGGAAGAUCAUUCGAUAUGAUGUCACGCGGGGAGCGCCUUCGCCUUGCGUACGAGGCCAAGAGGCAAAAGACCACUGAUGGUAGCCGGGUCCCUAAGGAGCCCCCUGCUGACUCGCCUGAGCCAGCCAGUGCCCCGCCUAGAGGAAGAUCAUCCGAUAUGAUGUCACGCGCGGAGCUCAUUCGCCUUAUGCACGAGCUCAAGAGGCAAAAGACCACUGAUGGUAGCCGGGUCCCUAAGGAGCCCCCUGCUGACUCGGCUGAGCCCGCCAGUGCCCCACCUAGAGGAAGAUCAUCCGAUAUGAUGUCACGCACGGAGCUCCUUCGCCUUAUGCACGAGGCCAAGAGGCAAAAGACCACUGAUGGUAGCCGGGUCCCCAAGGUCGAGCGACAGGUGCAACCAAGCCACACCGUUCCUUCCUCGCUGCCCCCCCGGGUUGUUACUCCUCAGGGUCCCAACCUCGCCCCCUCGCCUCCUACACGUCCACCUACAUCUAGUGAGGGCGGAGGUACCCGAGACAUGCUUCGGGAGGUUUACGCUUUACUUGAGGGCUCUAUCACCACUAUUGAUGGUCGCCUCGAGGCAGCUACUAGGCGUGCUAAGGAGGCUCUCAAAGCCUUGGAGGCUGAAAAGAAAACCGCGGAGGUAGCACUCAAAGCCUUGGGGGCUGAGAAAAAGGCCGCGGAGGAAGCACGCAAGGCUCGCUGCGAUGCCCAAGCAGAGUUGGAGGCUGAGAGGAAGAAGCAUGCAGAUGAGCUUGCGCGUUCCAUCACUACCUACAAGGAGGAAGCACGCAAGGCUCGCCGCGAUGCCCAAGCAGAUUUGGAGGCCGAGAGGAAGAAGCAUGCAGAUGAGCUUGCGCGUUCCAUCACUACCUACAAGGAAUCCGAGGGUUUCACCUGGGAUGCUGAGGCUUAUGCCCAGGAACACCUCAAUGGCCUGGUGGCCUCCUGGCUGGUCACUGAUGCGGGUCAAGAUAUGUUGGCUGAGGAUGGCUUGCUUAGCUUUCAGGUGGGCCGAUAUGAGAUGCAGGGGGACAUCUACUCCGUGCUUCGUCAGAGAUAUGGGGCCUUCAAUCCCACGGCUUGGGGUUUGCCGGCCGAGUUAGAGGACCCGGAAGCCCGCAAGCGGAGCCCGAGCUCCUUAUUGGAGGGGAACCAACUCAACACUGACCCCCUCCCCUUAUCUUCUUUGGAGCGUAUCAAGGAGGGGUUACCCAUCCCCCAUCCUGGCGAGGUUUCGCCAUCCUUGGAGAAUCUUCAUUUUCCCGAGACCAUGGGUGAGCCCGACGAGAGGACCAUGGCUGCACCUGCUACCACCGAGCUCAACUCGGCCACCCUCGACCUCAACGAGUAAAGUUUAUGCACCGCUAACUGAGAAGGAUUCAACAUUUCAUCGCUCUAUGUUUGUCUUCAUGUGUCCAUUAAUGUCUUGUAGAUCACCAUUGAAUGCUAAGACCCUUGGCUUUCAUUUUCAGGCUGUUCAUUGGCUAUCAGGACAUCAGGUCAUAAGAAGCAUUGUUUCUCAAACAUUUCACUGUAUUGAAUGAAUCCAACUCUACUGGCACAGCUGCAAGGAUGCUGAAAGGGGAUGAUGACAAGAAGAGUUGGGCUUCUUUCCAGGAGAGGAUAAUGUGUGCCCCUGACCAAGUAUUGAGGUAUUGUAGAUACGCAAAACCUAAACCCCUGUGGCCCAUGCCCAGUGGCCAGCCAUCGAACAGGGCAAAUUUUACCGUGGACUAUGGUCUAUGUAGCAGCGUGAAUCGUAAAUUUCAUUCGACGAUCAUGGUCUACACACUUGUGAAGGAAGCGUGGCUUAAAAGGAGGAAUUUGCUUGGGUUCAGGCCAGGUUGCAUCCCAUUCAAAUACUUAGACAAACAGAAUCCAUAGCAUUGGCGUAUGUAUUGUUUGGGAUGAAGCAGACUAGUACUUCUUUUAUUGUGUGAGAAUACAGGAAGAUGAACAUCAUGUUUGUUUCACAGAAUGGAUUUUGAAAGAAUAGAAAUCUUGUUCCAUAAGAAAUGGUAUCGAAUAGAAUAGGAAUUUCAUUACAUUGUUCGGUUCGCUAAAGGAUUAAAUUUCAAGAAUAUAAUUGUAUUAUAUGAAUAGUUUACUUCUUCGGUCUCA